AUGCCGUCAGUCGCGAGUUCGACGCCGCUGGAUGUUCUCCGGCUCAUCUUCAGCUGUCUGCCCUCGCCGGACCUCGCUGUCUGGUGCCGCGUCAACCGCACCGUCCAUCCCGUCGCCAAGGAGGCUCUCUACCGCGCCCUCUAUCCAUCCCGCCGCAAUGUCCUCCCUCUCUGUCUCAAGCUCGCCACUGAGCCAGACAUCGCCCUCCGCGUCCGCGCUUUCACCAUCACCGACGACACCGUAGACAUGUUCCUCGGCGUCAUCGCAGACGCCCUCCUCAAGCUCCCCCGCCUCCGCGCCCUCUUCCUCUUCAUCGGCCCCAUGUCCUCCUGGAUCCUCCCCCGCCCCGACGCUUGUCCCUUCCAGCUCCACGAGUUCUCCACCAGCUUCUUCUUCGACGAGCCUCUCCAGUCUUUCCUCCAGUCCCAGCGCAGUCUCCUCCACCUCCGCGUCUCUGCCCCCCGCGAUCUCUCCCUCUCGCGCGCCAUCCGCCCGCCCAUGUUCCCCAACCUCGUCUCCAUAGCCGCUCCCAUGUCCGUCGUCGAGGCAGUCAUCCCCGGCCGCCCCGUCCGCAAUGUCACUUCCUAUCACUUUAAUCACCAUCCCCCGUCUGUUUCCUGCUUUGCCCGCUCAACAUCGCCCGCGGGUGUCCAGCGCCUCAUGCUCAACUUUACUUAUCUCCAGACUCUUGCGCCUGACCAGCUCGCUGAAUUCACUCCCAAUCUCAAGUCAUUCACUAUAGACGCAGAUGCCAUCAAGCCAGAUGACUACGAGAUGGUAGACCAGUUAACUGAGUGGAUAGAAGAGUAUCUGUCAUACGCAAAACAUUUAAAUUGUCUCAUCAUCCGCUUUUAUCCCGCACUAUCCAGUGUCCCCUGUCAAGAGAUUGACUUUUCUGAUAUGAUCACAAGUAUCUUUGCUGCCUCGGUCCAUCUCGAGCAUGUUAUCGUACUAUUUAACGGCGUCAAGGCAAAAUAUGUCUGUAGACAACCACCAGGCCAAGAUUGGUAUAUUGUCAACGAUUAA